AAAAGCGGUGGCGGAGUGUCGCACGCGCCCGUGUCUUACCGUGCAAACUGCAAACGACUAUACGCGUGUAUGCGUGUAUGCGUGUGUGUGUGUGUGUGUGUGUGUGUGGUGUGUCGAGUGACGACGUUCGGAGACGAGGCGCAAAAAAUAAGUGAAAAAAAAAAACAGUCCCGAUAUUUAACAUUGAUUGUUCUGUGAUUGUAGCAACUAGCAGGUACGUUCGGAGAUAGCGUAGGGGGCGCGUGACGUGCCGACGAACUUAUAAUAAUAAUAUUCUAAUAUAAUAUUAUAGUAAUUUCCAAGACCGUCGGUCGCCGGGAUUUAUCGUUGUUUGUUCAACAAACUUUGUUGUUUCUUCGUUUCGUGUUAUUGCACUAUUGCGUCCUUGUGGCUUGCGCCGCGUGCCGGUAAAGAAGAAAUUUUCAUUUUCCGUUUGUCCCGGUCUCCCGUUUCUAGCUUUCAGUUUGCCGGCCUCCCGGAGCGUGUUAGCUCGUUGUUUGUGCGUUUGCGGUUUGCGAUCAGUUUCAGGAUAUCGCGAGUGGCACCGGUCUGAAAUCGCUCCACGCCUCCGAAAUGAUGGAUUCACCGACCACACCGCCGGGCUACAUGUCUGAGGACGGCGACAACAACGAAUCUCACAGUAUGAGUCCCAACCCUACAGUGAUGGGAGUACUGGACACCCAACCCGUCCUCUAUUGCGAACCCGUGUUUUGGUGCUCAAUCAGCUAUUACGAGCUCAAUACCAGAGUUGGAGAGACGUUCCACGCUUCUCAACCUUCUAUAUCGGUUGACGGCUUCACAGAUCCCAGUAAUUCUGAACGAUUUUGCUUGGGCCUUUUGUCAAACGUCAAUAGAACAAGUGUAGUUGAACAGAUUAGACGUCAUAUCGGCAAAGGUGUACGGCUGUACUACAUUGGCGGCGAAGUAUUUGCAGAAUGCCUUAGCGAUUCUAGUAUUUUUGUACAGUCACCCAAUUGUAAUCAGAGAUAUGGAUGGCAUCCAGCCACUGUUUGUAAGAUACCUCCAGGUUGUAAUUUAAAAAUCUUCAACAACCAAGAAUUUGCAUCUCUUCUAUCUCAAUCAGUGAGUCAAGGUUUUGAAGCAGUAUACCAGUUAACUCGUAUGUGUACGAUACGUAUGUCUUUUGUUAAAGGCUGGGGCGCUGAAUAUAGGCGACAGACAGUCACAUCUACCCCUUGUUGGAUAGAACUACAUCUGAAUGGACCAUUGCAGUGGUUGGACAGGGUUCUCACACAAAUGGGUUCGCCUCGCUUGACAUGUAGUUCUAUGUCAUGAUUUAACUUAAAUUUAUACCCACCUUUAUUAUUACUAUUUUUUUUUUUUUGUUUAAUUGUACAUAACCCUUGGAAUGGCUGUCUACUAUAAGGUUGUGAAUUGAAUCUGUAUUUAACCUAAUCGACUAAUUAGAACAGUGGUUUUGUGUUUUUAUGUUUUUUUAUAUAACAUCAUAAAAAAACAACAUUCACACCGAAAUGUUAGUGAUAGAUAUUUAGAAUUAUUAUUGAAUAAUAGAGCUAAGAAUUUUUUUAUUAUAACUAUUAUUUUUAUUUUUAUUAUUAAUAAUAUUUUUAUGUUAAAAAUAAAAAUUCUAAGUAACAUGACUUAAAAUAUAUGGAUAUAAUAUAAUAGUGUUAAGUUUCAAGUUUUUAUUUUAUAAGUUUGUUCAGUUUGAAUUAAGUUGUUUAAUGUUGUUUAAUUAAAUUUAAUAACAAGUGAAGCAAAUAAAAAUAUGUAAAACCAUACAUAGGACUUCUAGCAUUAAACGAGCAAUUUCAUCAAACUGCUUUUUGCAUUCACCAUGUGCAAUAUAAUUUCUAAAUUAUACUGGUAUGUUAUGUUUUGUAAACGGCCAGAAUGUAGACGGAUUAAAUAUGUUAAAUAUAUUUAAUAUUAAGCUAUAUAAAAUUUGGAAUUCAUUGUUUAUAAAGUUUUAAAAUACAUCUCAUUGUUCUGUCGAAUAAUUAAUACAUUUUAUAAAGAUAUUUAAAUAUUUUGUAUAUAAUAAUAAAAAAGCAUUCUUUUCAUAUAAGGUUUUGACAUAAAUUGGUCAGUGUGAUGUCAAUAAUCAACCAAUGUUGUUCAUUAAUUUUUUUUUUUAUAAUUUGUAAUUUUAUAAAAUGUAUAACCUUUUUGAAAUUAAAUCUUAUUUAUGAAGUAA